UCCAGAGCGUCAAUUUCAGUGUCCAAUCUGUGCACGCGAUAUACGCCAUUUGGAAGAAGACACAGAUUAUUUAUACUAACCGUUAAUUUCGGUGAAGUAUACAUUAAGGAAAUCAUUCAUAAAUUGAAGGGCUGACUCCAGAUCUUUCAUUCAGUUUUGUCAAUCACAGAAUGCGGCUACUCAUCGCAUUUUGCAUACUGGGACUCGGCUGGCUUAGCGUGGCUGAAAGUGAACAGAAUAAAAUAGUCUGCUACUUUGGAAGUUGGGCGAUUUACCGAUCGGGAAAUGGAAAGAUCGAGAUUUCGGAUCUAGACCCGAGCCUCUGCACCCACAUGAUUUACACGUUCGUUGGAAUCACGGAAGCGGGUGAAGUCGCGGUGUUGGAUCCAUGGGCCGACUUGUCCGACAACUGGGGUAGAGCAGGCUUCCAGAAAUUCAACGCCCUGCGGGAGCGUAAUCCAGGGAUGAAAACUCUCGUAGCAAUUGGAGGUUGGAACCAAGGCUCUGACAAGUAUUCAAGGGUCGCUGCGAAGCCGGCUCUGCGGUCACACUUUGCGGACAACGCGUUGGAAUUUGUACUCAAAUACGGAUUCGAUGGCCUCGACUUUGACUGGGAAUACCCAAAUCAGCGAGGCGGCAUCCCGGCGGAUGUCGAGAACUUCGUUCUCCUCUUAAAGGAACUUCGGGCUCGGUUUGACGAGCACCAUCUUAUCUUGACCGCGGCUGUUGCCGCGACGGAAAACUCCGCCAGCUUGUCGUACAACAUUCCAUCAAUCUCCAAGUAUCUCGACUUCAUCAACAUCAUGACCUACGACUUCCAUGGUUCCUGGGAUCCUGUCACUGGUCACAAUGCUCCUCUCUAUCCAGCAACGCGAGAGACGACACCAACUGCUCGAGGACUUAACGUCAAUGCAUCGGUGCAUUACUGGCUCAGCCAGGGCGCACCAGCCAAAAAACUUGUCCUGGGAACAGCUCUUUACGGAAGGACCUUCACUCUUUCGAAUUCCGCCCAAAACACGCCCGGAUCCGCGGCUUCUGGGCCGGGCGCAGCAGGUCCGUAUACCGGAGAACGCGGGAUGCUGGGGUACAAUGAGAUCUGUGAACAACAGGUGAAGACCACGUGGACUACGGAUUGGGACGAGCAGCAGCAGGUGCCUUAUGCCCACAACGGCAAUCAGUGGGUCAGCUACGACAACGUCAAAAGCAUCACGGAAAAGGCAAAUUACGCCAAGGCGAUGGGGCUCGGAGGCGCCAUGGUUUGGAGCAUUGAAACUGACGAUUUUCGGGGCAUCUGUGGAAACAAAUAUCCUCUUCUCAACGCCCUCAAUCACGUGCUUCGUUAGGAUAGUUCCGUAGUUCAAUUUUUUAAGGUCUUCGUGUUAAACUUUUUACGCCAGGAGUACCAAUGAUUCUAACCAAGAGUACAACUUCUAUGUAUUGAACCCGAGUAGAAUAGGUCCGAGUCUCAACAAUUUAAGUGCUGUUCAUCAAUGUAUAAUAUAGGUUACGAUAAAUAAAAAUCCCUUUACAAAACAGA